AAGAAGCGCAGCCUGUUCAGCUUCGGGAAGAAGAAAGCCGCAGACGAGUUCUCGAAGCCGGUAAAAUCGACCCCCAAGUCCGCCUCGCAGAACAGCAACAUCACAGGCAGCAGCGACAAGAACAUGUCACCUCCACGACGGACAACAACCGCGUCUCCCAUCCAGACCGACCAGUCGCACUAUGCACCCUCUUCCCCGGGGCGCUCCAUCCCGUUUGCCUCGUCUCCGCGCCUGUCCUCACCCGCCGGCAGCCAGAUUUUUGAACGCGACGUCCAAGAAAGCGCCUCAGGGCUGAUUCCCAACUCGCCCGCCAUCCCCUCGCACAUCCAAACCGAAAACUACAUCCCUCCCGUGCUGGACGCGUCGUCCGAAGCCAUCACCGACGAUCACCUCGACCCUGACAAUGUCGAGAUCAUCACGCACACGUCGCACACGCCCGCGGCCGUGGCCGUGACGAGCGCCAUCAGCAGCCACCACACGAGCCCGUACAACGAGCCGGCGUCGUCGUGGGCCGAUGAGCUGGCCGCCUUUUCGGCCGAGCGAACGGGCCGGUUCGACCGCGCGGGCUUCGCCGGCGGCGACGGCGCCUCCAACUACGGCAGUUUCGACACGACCGACGUGCGCCGCCUGAGCUUCAUCUCGUUUGCCGACGUCGUGCAAGCCGAGCAACACCAACAACAGCAACACGUCGCCGGCUCCCGCGAUAGCAUGCACCUCGCCGGCCUGACGUCGCUCACGCCCGCCGCCAUGGGGAUACACAACAACAACAACGCCGCGGGGAUGAACCGGAACCGCUCGCCCAGCCCAAUCCGCUCGCGCUCGCCCCCGGCUGCCGGCGCCCGCGGAACCGGAGUCGGAGCCGGAACCGUCCCCAGCCCGCCCACCAGCAAGUCAGGCUCGGUAAAGGGGCUGGACAUGUCGGCCGGCUCGUCCUCGCCGGGCGGCGGGGAGAUUGCCAUUGAGACCAUGAGCCAGGCGCUCAGACGCACGGGGAGUGGUGAGCUG